UGCGUCAUCGGGCGCCGCCCGCGUGGGCGUGGCCACGGGGGUCACCAGCACCCGGCGCGCAGCGAUCAUGGUCCCUGCGGCCGCCGGCCCUCCGGAGGUGGUUCGCGCGGCGCAAAAGGACGACUACUAUCGCGGCGGGCUGCGGAGCGCGGCGGGCGGCGCCCUGCACAGCUUGGCGGGUGCGAAGAGGUGGCUGCAGUGCAGGAGAGAGAUCGAGCUGCUGUCGGACAUAGCCUACUUCGGCCUCACCACGCUUGCAGGCUACCAGACCCUCGGGGAGGAGUAUGUUGGCAUCAUCCAGGUGGACCCGUCCCAGAGCCGAGUGCCCUCGAGGUUGCGCCGUGGCGUGCUGGUCGCGCUGCACACCGUCCUGCCCUACCUGCUGGACCGGGCCUCCACGCACCUGGAGCACGAGCUGCAGGCGGACGCCGCCGGCGCCAGGCCCUCGCAGGGCAGCCCGGCGGCCGCCGACAGGCGCGGCCGGCCGGGAGCGAGGCUCUGGGUGCAGCGGCACGUGGCCGCGCUGACCGAGCAGCAGAAGAGGGUGCUCCUGCGGGCCGUGCUGGUGCUCAGGCAGGGCCUCGCCUGCCUCCAGCGGCUCCAUGUUGCCUGGUUCUAUAUCCACGGUGCCUUCCACCACCUGGCCAAGAGGCUCACGGGAAUCACUUACCUUCGCGUGCGCUCCCCACCUGCAGAGGACACAAAGGCUCGUGAAAGCUACAGGCUGCUGGGGUUCAUCUCCCUGCUGCACCUGGCCUUGUCCGUGGGCCUGCAGCUCUACGGCUUUCGGCAGAGGCAGCGCGCGCGGCGGGAGUGGAAGCUACAUCGCGGCCUGUCUCAUCGCAGGAGCCACGUGGAAGAGAAAGCCAUUUCCAGAAACUCCCUGUGUACUCUGUGCCUGGAGGAGCGCCGACACUCAACAGCCACACCCUGCGGCCACCUGUUCUGCUGGGAGUGCAUCACCCAGUGGUGUGACACCAAGACGGAGUGCCCUCUCUGCAGGGAGAAGUUCCCUCCCCAGAAGCUCGUCUACCUGCGGCACUAUCGCUAACCUGACCAAGGGCGGAGGAGCCCACGAGUCUUUCUUCACGUUGGGAGAAUCCUGAUCCGUUCCCAAGGUCAACUUGCACAGAAAUCACAAAAUUCUCGAGUUUCACUUCACGUCACAUAAGCAACGCUGCCAGCAGCUCCAGCAGCAGAGGCCGGACCUGCCGGCGAAACGGCCGGCCCGGGGCCUUCGGGCGGGAAGGAGGCUGGGGCUCCCCAUUCCGUGGACCCCCGAGCCCCCGGCGCCGGCGGCAAGCAGCGGAGCCCCCCUGGGGGGCCGGCCGCACCACAGCCAGGCCGCUUCUGGUCUCCCUCCCUUCCCCAGACCGUUCACGUGCCGACGGCAGCUCUGUAGGAGGCACGUGGUCAGGGUUUGGCCCGAAGGGGCAAGUGUGGCCAAGAGCAGAGAACGCGGCUCAACAGUCACCGAGCCGCCAGCCCCGAAGACCCAAAUCCUUGCCCUGGUCACCAGAGGCAGGCUGCCGGUGGCUCAGGCACACCGUUCACGGGAGUAGAGAGACUCCGAGGGGCUGUACCUCCACCUGAGAAGGUCAGCACGUGCCUUUUAACACACACGCGUUUGUUUCCCAUCUUAGAAAACGAAGUCUGCAUCUCGGCUGAGGUCUGCCCGGAGUUCCGGGUGCACAGCCAGCCUGCCCGAGAGGUUCUCUCUCU